CCGCUUCAUUAUGGCCGACAACAAGAAACAAGAGAAAGACUUUACCAAGGAGGUCGAUGCACUUCUUCCAGAGGCUGAAGCCCUCGCUAAAUCCGGCAAAGUACAAGAGGCGCUCGACAAGAUUCUAGCCCAGGAGAAGUUGACAAGAAAUGCAGCCGAUCUAUCUUCUACGACGCGAUUAGCCAAAGCCGCUGUCCAACACUGUUACGAUGCCCGCGAUUACCCGCUUCUCAACUCUACCAUCCUCCUCCUCAGCAAGAAGCACGGUCAGCUCAAGGCCGUGAUUCAAUCCUUUGUCGAGCUGGUCAUUACUUGGCUACCAGAAGUCAAAAAGCGGGAUGGGGAGGAACGAUGGCUUGAGCUUUUGGAUACGUUGCGAACGGUGACGGAGGGCAAGAUCUUCCUCGAAACGCCCCGAGCUCGUGUAACACUCCUUCUCUCCAAGCACCAUGAAGAACAAGUGCUUUCAGGGAAAGCUAAGGACCCCAAAGAGGCAUUGCAAACUGCCUCUGACCUCCUUUCGGAUCUGCAAGUCGAAACCUACUCUUCGAUGGAGAGACGGGAGAAGACUGAAUUCAUCCUCGAACAAAUGCGACUGUUGAUUAAAGUGGCUCGAUCGAAGGAUGCAGAAAAGGGCAAGAAGGACAGCAAAGAUGCGUUGGGUGGAGGUGAGGCGGAAUGGGUCAAGGUGCGAGUCGGUGGACGAAAGGUCAAUGAGGAGUUCCUCAAGGAGGAGGAGAACGAGGACCUCAAACUCAAAUACUACGAAAUGAUGAUCCAAUACGCCUUGCAACACGACGCUUAUCUUGACGCUGCCAAAUACUAUGAGAAAGUAUGGGAAACCCCAUCUAUUAAGAAGGACGACGAGAUUAGAGGCCGAGCUGCACUAGAACAUAUUGUCUACUACGUUGUUCUCGCACCAUACGAUAACGAACAGUCAAACAUGUUGCAUCACCUUCACGCGAACCCGGCUCUCACCAAACUGGAAUUGCAAGCCAAUCUCGUGAAAUGUUUCGUGACGGAGGAACUGAUGAGAUGGCCAGGGAUCGAGGCUAUGUAUGGCAAGGUCCUGAAGCAGACGCCCGUAUUCAGCGUGGAGAAGCGCUGGGAAGACCUCCAUACGCGGGUUAUUGAACAUAAUAUCCGAGUGGUGUCCAAAUAUUACACGCGGAUAACAUUGGCCCGACUUGCUAGUCUGCUCGACCUCUCAACCAAGCAAACAGAAGAAAUCCUUUCUCGUCUCGUCGUUUCGGGAACCAUCUGGGCAAGGAUCGACAGGCCUGCGGGUAUCAUCGACUUCCGAAAGCCUCGCAAUACGGAAGAUGUCAUGAACGACUGGAGUUCAGAUAUGCAGAAGCUUCUUUCGUUGGUGGAGAAGACGUGGAUGGGCAUGAACGCAGCGCAAGCUGCCCAGUCGAGAAUAGCUGCGGCAAAGACAAAAGCAUGA